GGAAAACUGGGCAGCGGAAAAAUUACAGAAUUGAAACAACAUUGUAUGCUGACGACUUAAAAGUUCUUCUUUUGUCCUGUUUUUGUAUUUCAUAUAGACAAUCAAAGACAUUGUUGCAUGAUGGAGAAGGAAAGCGUUCUACUGCAGCUAAAUAUUGGAAGGCAACCCCUACACAUUGCAGCAUCAAUCGGAAACACAGACACAAUAACAAAUCUAGUGGGCCGUGGUGCUGACAUUAAUUGUACAGAUGAGUAUGGGGACACGCCACUUCAUUUAGCCGUGUCACGUGGACACGAUCAUGUUGCUGCAUUGUUGAUAGCACUUGGUGCAAAUUUAGAGGCCGAAAAUAAGGAAGGCCAUAAAGCAUUAUACAUAGCUGUGAUGGAUAAAAGUCCUCGCAUAGUGGACAUAUUACUCAAAUUUGGUAUCGAUCCUUGUGUAGUAGAAUGGGAUUGGGCUACCAACAGUAAUGGCUCCAAAGAGCAUCAGAUAUUAGAGGCCUUUGACAGACAGUGUCAGCUAAUUCCUGGAUUCAGAAAUGGGUUUGUCAGCAAGGAACUUGUUUCUAUUCAACCACACCAGGCAUGUAACUGUAAUUCUGUGCAAGUUGAAGUUGACACCACAAAGAUCAGUAGACCGUUUGUUCUCCAGCUUUACAAAAUGCAACCUGAAUUUGUCAAUACCCAAUACCAUCUACAAACUUCUGAACAGUAUUUUAGUGACAUAUAUGAAUUAAGAGCAUGGGACUGUAAAGAAAAAGAAAUUCAACUAAAGGUUCAAGUAAAUAGUCUAGUGAGACCCAAUAGACAACUGAAAUUUGUAUCUUUAGAAAACUGUUUUGGACGUUUAGAUGAGUCCGAUAACACGUUCGUGAAUACAGAAGAUUUGCAGACAACUGUGUCGCUCCAUCUCAGAAUUCAAGAUGGCGUAUACAACAAGUUUGUAAUAAUAUCGGAAGAGAAGAUUGAAAAAAUAAAAAUUUCGAAUUCAGAUACAAUAUUUCAUCCAAACGUUAUGCCUGGUGCAAAAGUAUAUAUACCAACAAAUGCACUAAGAAAUGACACAAGCGUCUCAUUUAAAGUAAUUGAUACAACAGAAUUAAGCGAUGAAGUUAUAGCAGGAAGGAUAUUUAGUGAAAUUUUAGUUAUCAAUACAUUUAAAAAUAUCCAGCCACAACAAGAUGUAACAAUAACCCUACCUCUCCGUUCCAAAACUGACUGUGAUGAGUUAGUUGUACUCGCAUCGAACAAGGUUCGUCCAGACUGCGUGGGUGACUGGCAGUUAACUGAGCCUACUGAUAUAACCAGUACAGGAUCAGUAUCUUUCAAUACUGAUAUGUUCUCAUUAUUUGUAGUUGUGUCUCGAACCUCAGUGUCCUCAGAAUCUAGCUUCUCAGAUAUUCAUGAAACACUAUGUACUCUAAUGGAAUAUAAAAGAAAAGUUGUGAUAAUGAUUUUAACAAAGGAGGUACCAGAAACUGGUGGAGAGCUGUACAUUGUUGUGCAUUGUGUUUUGCAUGAAAAAUCGAAUGACACACAAAAGUUGUGGGAAGAAAAAGGGUAUAAUCUAAUAGGGGUUUCAGAUCAACUGUUCUGUUUGGUGAACACUAAAUUUCAGAUUUCAUUAUCAGGUAACAUUGUUGAAAUAUUUCAUACGAAAAAUAUGGAAUUAUUAUUUCAACUAUGCAAAGAAAGUUACAGAAUAUUUAAUGUAACAAUCGCAGACAAAGAAUGUAAACCCGGAGGAACUAUAAAGGUGCAUCUCGCCACAGCUAGACAAAAUAUUGGAGAUGUUAAAGAAGAUGACGUUAUUUGUAUUUCUUGUGGUAGUAACAGACCAAAAACCAAAAGGAUGGAUGAUUUAACAUCAGUGUUGUCCUGUCGUUUGUCCUUCAAUAUGGAAGCUUUGAAGGUCAACGAACAAACAAACAUUGACAGUCAAAAGGCAAAGCUCAGAAAAAUCUUCAAUGGAUUCAGAUUGGUACAUACCAGACCCAGAAACAAAAUAGUACCCAUGGUUUAACCUUUGGUACAAAGAAAUACUUUCUUGAGACAUUUUACAUGCUGUUAAUUGUCAGGGUGAACUGGCGGAUAUUUAUUACAUGGGUAGAGAUAGAAGGUAGACAUCGGCAGUUCUCUUGUAAUAUCAAAGUGUUUUGUAUAAUUUAAUGAAUUAUAUAUUGAUUGCUGAUCUUUUGAAUUCUCUAUUUAAUUUAUUUGUAAUUUUCUAGACUCAUAGGGAUUUAAAUCUUGACAUAUUGUAAAUACACUUACAUCAUGUUGCCAUUAAAUAUAAUUUGAUAUCACG